AUGAUAGAAUAUUUUGUUAAGUAUGAUAACCUUCUUGAAAAACUGAUGAUACUAUCUGAUGAUCCUCUCACAAUUAUAAAGUUUCCUAUCACAGAAGAAGCUGCAGAACUCUUUGGUAUUUAAUAUUCAGAGUUGACAUCUCAACACAAAGAAAUAAAAGAAAAACUAUGGAAAGCCAUCCCAUCUCUUAAACUUCUUGAAUUAAAAAUCGUCCCAAGCCGUUUAAGCUCAAAGCGGUUUAACCUAGUGCUUUUUCUGCUUAUAGCAGAUCACUUGCCUAAAGCAAAAACUCAUCAUUAUUCAGAUUCUCUGUCUACUGAAGAUUCUUAUGCUUCUUCAUUUUUAGACAGAUCUUCCUUUUUGCAGCAAGAACGUGCUAGAUUAAACGUACCAUACGAACAAGCUAUGGAAUUAGAAGCAAGUAUGGCCACAGCCUAUGAGCAAAAUUGUAUAGAAUCAGACAAUGGAUACACUACAAUAUAUUAA